AUGGAAUCUAAUGUACAAGCCGCAUCGCAGAGUUUUUCCGCUUCAACUGUAGGAAACGGGUCAAUACCACCUUCGGAUGAAUCUAAAGUUCCGCCGCUAGCUUCAACUACAGAUGCUCCGGCUGUUCAAGCAUCACCACAGAUCCGAGGGCAAUCUCUGUCUCCUGUAUCCAUAUCAGGCUCUGAUUCAGCGGUUGUAUCUUCUGCAGUAUCUGAGAGCUUAGAAACAGUUAAAGCCAAUCAAGAAGUCAUCAACAGCGCUCAAGAUGUUCCGCCACCACCCAGCAGCGUCGCCCUAUUAAACAUAGAUGACGUAUUUGAUAAAGACCAGGUGAGGAACUCAGUUUCUGAAAAUGGAAACCGUGAGAAUCAAGGCCAGGAUAAGAUGGAUGUUGAUGGACCUGAGCCGGAUGGGAAACCAAAUGCCGAGCAAAUUGACAAGGCAGACGGUGAAUCGAAAGAUAGCAGUAGCAACAAGGCUCGAGAUGACGACGUCGAUUUUACAGAUGAUGAUAGUGAAAGGCUGAAUAAGAUACAGUCCAUACAUGAGACUCUAGAGAAGAUGGAAAACGUACGACUGGAGUUGUUGCCUCUCCUGCUCGAUAUCAUCGAGCAGGUGAAAAACGGGGAACUCUCAAUCAAGGACGUCGAUAAUGCGUGUGGACGUAUUAAAGUCAGAAUCAAUCGACUAAAAGAGUCUCGCAAUACAGUGGAGUCAGGAUUACAACAGCUGGUGGACGAGAGCAACGGAACCGAACACAGCCAGCACGAGACCGAGGAGCGGAUCAAGGCAAAGUCAGAUGCAAUAUCUCGUCUCAUUGCUGAUGUCAAUGCGAGAAACGUGAACUCAAUCUAG